AUGCAAAACAUCUGGUUGCUUGUUUACUUGGGGUUGAGCUUUGUUGCCGCAGAGACGGGUCUAGAUGGCUGGCUGCGAUACGCUUCCCUACCUUGCUCCACGCAGUGUCAUUCAAGACUACCAGUGGGUAUUGUUACCUUGAACUCAACUAAGACAAGCCCUGUAUACGUUGCAGGGUCUGAAAUACAGAGUGGACUGAAGAGUAUUUAUAAUGCCGACGCUUCAGUCACUCACAACCAAUGCAACUCGUCUUCGUCUGUCAUCGUUGGCACAGUUGAACAGUAUCGCCGGGCCUGUGGCUCACUAGUUGGGAUCCCUGAGCUGGCUGAAGAUGGAUUCUGGCUGAGCACUCGUGGUAAAGAGAUUCAAAUCCUCGGUCAAAAUGAGCGCGGCGCACUAUAUGGCGCAUUUGAGUACCUGUCGAUGCUUGCUCAGGGAAACUUCUCACAAGUGGCCUACUCCACCAACCCCGCUGGCCCACUCCGCUGGGUGAAUCAAUGGGAUAAUAUGGACGGAAGUAUUGAACGAGGAUACGGAGGCGAAUCAAUCUUUUUCGAAAACGGAACCAUUGUCGACGACUUGACCCGAGUUCACCAGUAUGCUCGUCUUUUGGCAUCGAUCCGUAUAAAUGCGGUCGUGGUCAACAAUGUGAAUGCCAAUGCCACCCUUCUCACUCCUCAAAACAUCGAUGGACUGGGAAGAAUAGCCGAAGUUUUUCGGCCAUACGGUGUCAAAAUCGGUAUAUCGUUGAGCUUUGCGGCUCCGCAAACUUUGGGUGGCCUCGGAUCUUACGAUCCCCAGGAUCCAACUGUCAUCGGGUGGUGGUCCAACAUCACGGACCAAAUUUAUACACGAGUGCCUGAUAUGGCUGGAUACCUCGUUAAAGCAGACUCGGAAGGCGAGCCAGGGCCCCAGACAUAUAAUCGGACACUGGCAGAGGGUGCCAAUCUGUUCGCCAAGGCAAUACAGCCCUUCGGGGGUAUCGUCAUGUUUCGCGCCUUUGUCUACAACCAGCUCAACGAAUCCAACUGGAAGGCAGACCGCGCUAAAGCUGCAGUCGAGUUUUUCAAACCUCUCGACGGCAAGUUUGAAGAUAACGUGGUGAUCCAGAUCAAGUAUGGACCUAUUGAUUUUCAAGUCCGUGAGCCGACAUCGCCUUUAUUCGCCAAUCUUUUCAAGACAAAUAUUGCUAUUGAAUUGGAGGUUACUCAGGAAUACCUUGGACAGCAAUCACAUCUCGUCUACCUCCCUCCGCUCUGGAAGACUGUCUUAGACUUUGAUCUUCGAGUCGAUCACGAGCAAUCUCUAGUCCGUGACAUUGUGACUGGCAAGCGCUUCAAUCGUACCCUCGGCGGAUCGGCAGCUGUUGUCAAUGUCGGUACCAACAAUACAUGGCUUGGUAGUCAUUUUUCUAUGUCGAAUUUAUAUGCCUAUGGUCGUCUGGCAUGGAAUCCUGCCGUAGAUGCACAGGAUGUUCUGCAAGAUUGGAUUCGUCUCACAUUUGGUUUAGAUCGUGCCGUGCUCGAUACCAUUACCAACAUUUCCAUGCAAUCUUGGCCGGCCUAUGAGAAUUACAGUGGUAACCUAGGCAUCCAGACGCUGACGGACAUAUUAUACACCCACUAUGGACCUAACCCUGCCUCACAAGACAAUAACGGCUGGGGCCAAUGGACUCGUGCAGACUCUACGAGUAUCGGUAUGGACCGAACGGUACAAAAUGGAACAGGGUAUGCUGGACAAUAUUCUGCAGAAGUUGCAGCGAGCUACGAGAGGAUCCAGAGCACGCCUGAUGAUCUUCUGCUAUGGUUCCACCAUGUGAACUAUACCCACCGAUUGCACUCGGGCAAGACGGUGAUUCAGCAUUUCUACGACGCUCACUAUAGUGGUGCAGAGUCAACUCAAGGCUUUCUCUAUCAGUGGGAAUCACUAAAUGGAAAGAUAGAUGAUGAGCGCUACAAUCAUAUUCGACGUCGUCUUGACUAUCAGACAGGCCAUUCUAUUGUGUGGAGAGACGCGAUCAAUGACUUCUACUACAAUCUCUCUGGGAUACCAGAUACUGUUGGACGUGUCGGUCACCAUCCCUGGCGGAUUGAAGCCGAAGAUAUGGAGCUGACUGGCUACGAGACCUAUAAAGUUAGUCCAUUUGAAACUGCCUCGGGUUCUGUGGCGAUUGUCACGUCGUCCAAUGAUACAGUUGGUACGGCCCUGACAACCCUUGACUUUCCCUCGGGGAAGUAUGAUCUUGCUAUCAACUAUUAUGACCUGUCUGGAGGUCAAUCAAGUUGGCAGAUCUGUCUUAAUGAUAGGGAGGUUGGUCAGUGGGUGGGUGAUGCGGAGGAUCAUCUGAGCCACACACCAUCUAUCUAUUUAGAUGGACAUUCUGCAACACGGAUUAAAUUUCGAGGAGUGAAAAUUGAAAAGGGAGAUAUACUGAAGAUUGUUGGAUCACCCAAUGGGAUUGAACCAGCGCCAUUGGACUAUAUUUCGGUGCUUCCGCAGGGAGUUGUGGAUUAA